AUGUCUCAAAAGAUUGCUAUCCUCUCUGUCUACGAUAAGACAGGCUUGUUAGAUUUCGCCAAGGAUCUCCACGCGCUCAAUGUGCGUUUGCUCGGUUCAGGUGGCACUGCUAAGCUUGUCCGUGAGGCUGGCAUUCCCAUUGGUGAUGUCUCUGAAAUUACCAAGGCUCCUGAGAUGUUGGGUGGCCGUGUCAAGACUUUGCAUCCUGCUGUCCACGGUGGUAUUUUGGCUCGUAACAUUGAAAGCGACGAGAAGGAUCUUGCUGAGCAACACAUUGAAAAGAUCGACAUUGUUGUCUGCAACCUUUACCCUUUCAAGGAAACCAUUGCUAAGCCCGAUGUCACCAUUCCUCAAGCUGUUGAAGAAGUCGAUAUUGGAGGUGUUACCUUGUUGCGCGCUGCUGCCAAGAACCAUGCUCGUGUCUCUAUCGUCUCUGAUCCUUCCGAUUACUCCAAGAUCAUUGCUGAACUCAAGGGCGGUGAGAUCACUCAAGAGACUCGCAACCUUUUGGCUUUGAAGGCAUUCAACCAAACUGCUGAUUAUGACACUGCCAUCUCUGACUACUUCCGUCACCAAUACGCCAAGAACCAAGCUAUGAUGCCUCUUCGUUAUGGUGCUAACCCUCACCAGGCUCCUGCUCAAAUCUUUGUCAAGGAUGGUAACUUGCCCGUUGAGGUCUUGAGCGGUUCUCCCGGUUAUAUCAACUUUUUGGAUGCCUUGAACUCUUGGGCUUUGGUCAAGGAGUUGAAGGAAGCUACUGGCAUUCCUGCUGCUGCUUCUUUCAAGCACGUAUCUCCCGCUGGUGCUGCCAUUGGCCUCCCCUUGAACGACACUGACAAGAAGGUCUAUCAAGUUGACGAUUUGAAGGUGCCUUUGACUCCUCUUGCCAGCGCUUAUGCUCGUGCCCGUGGCGCUGAUCGCAUGUCUUCUUUCGGUGAUUUCAUUGCUCUUUCUGACAAGGUGGAUGUUGCUACUGCAAAGAUCAUCUCUCGUGAAGUGUCUGAUGGUGUCAUUGCUCCUGAUUAUGAUCAAGAGGCUCUUGAUAUCCUCAAGGCCAAGAAGGCUGGCAAGUACUGUGUCCUCAAGAUGGACCCUAGCUACGAGCCCGAGCAACAAGAAAUUAGACAAGUCUAUGGUUUGUAUUUGGAGCAAAAGAGAAACAACUUCAAGAUUGAUGCUUCUCUCUUCACCAACGUUGUUACCAAGAACAAGAACUUGCCCAAGGAGGCUGUUGAUGAUUUGAUUGUCGCCACUAUUGCCCUCAAGUACACCCAAUCCAACUCUGUCUGUUAUGCCAAGAAUGGUAUGGUUAUCGGUCUUGGUGCUGGCCAACAAUCUCGUAUUCACUGUACUCGUCUUGCCGGUGACAAGGCUGAUAACUGGUGGUUGCGCCACCAUCCCAAGGUCCUUGCUUUCGACUUUAAGAAGGGCACCAAGCGUGCUGACAAGUCCAAUGCCAUUGAUCUCUUUGUCACUAACCAAACUGGUGAGGGUGUCGAACGUGAAGCUUGGGAAGCCAACUUCAACACAGUUCCUGAACUUCUUACCGCUGAAGAACGCAAAGAAUGGAUGAGCCAAUUGAAGGAUACUGUUGUGUCCUCUGAUGCUUUCUUCCCCUUCUCCGAUAACAUUUACCGUGCUCAUCGUUCAGGCGUCAAGUACAUUGCUGCUGCUUCUGGAUCUGUUCAAGAUAAUGUCGUUAUUGCCGCUGCUGAUACCAAUGAUAUGGUUCUUGUUCACACCAACUUGAGACUUUUCCAUCAUUAA